AUAAAUACUCGUAUAUUUCAGCAGGGAACUUCCUACGAGCCAUCUGCUUCUCGAUGGGAUAAGCAGGUGGAAUGGGGAGAAGAGGAACACAUCGAGGAUUUGGAUGAUCUUCCAUACCCGGGAUUCGCCGAGCCAGCCUUGCGAUGUCUAAGACAAGCGCAACCUCCUCGAUCAUGGGCUCUAACAUUAGUGAUGAGCCCGUGGUUCGACAGGGUCACGAUGUUCGUCAUCCUCAUAAACUGCAUCACAUUAGGAAUGUAUCGGCCGUGCGAUGACGGGCCAGACUGCAACACAUAUCGUUGCAAUAUCCUCGCCUUAAUCGAUCACGCCAUAUUCGUGUAUUUCGCGGCGGAAAUGGUAGUGAAGAUCGUUGCACUUGGCUUUACCGGUCCCGCCGCUUACCUAUCCGAUACAUGGAAUCGCCUCGAUUUCUUCAUCGUGGUGGCAGGGAUUGCCGAAUUCUUGCUACAAGAAUACCUUGGUGGCAAUAUCAAUCUAACCGCGAUACGUACAGUACGAGUACUGGCGACCACUUCGAGCAGUGAAUCGGAUACCAUCAAUGAGGAUCCUUGUGAACUUCUUCUCGACACACUGCCGAUGUUGGAAAUGUUUUACAACUGUUGUGUUUCU